CUUGCAGCUUUUUUAUAGCCAAAAUAAGGCUAAGAUGUAUGCACUGCUAUUAAGUAGUUGUUGUUGGCAUGCUAUCGAUAACAGCCGCACAACACGUGCGCUAUACAACUGUUGAUCGAAAUUUGUUUUCUUGGUUUUAAAUUUAAUUGUUAAAAGCAUGGAGGUGGGCGAAGAGUUAAAAACAUGGCUGCAGGAUGACAGCAAGGAGUACACAGCGCGCGUGGAAUUUGCGCUCAAAAUCUGGCAAUCCAUGGAUUUUGUUUACAUGAACAAAUAUGAAAUCGUAUGCCAAUGGCUAGCAGCGACAAUAGCAAAGCGUAAGCAAUAUGUAUUGCCAGUGCAACAACUACAACAGCUAUUUAAGCUACGCGCACAGCCAGGAUUAGUGAACGUCAGUGCUAAAACGGCGUUUAUCGAAGCGCUACUGAAACGCAUAAGCAAGAGCACCGACGAUGCGGAAGAGCAUCCACAGUUGCUACAGUCGCUGUUAAACUUUGAGCUGAUGCAGGAUGUGCUGCGUGCCAAUUACAUGCUGCUAAUGAGCUGCUACGGCCAACUCUUCGAAAGCUACGAAUAUCAGUUGCUAAAUGGCAAGGAGACAACACUAAGACAUGCGGAAAUAAUGCUGCCGCUGCUGCAGCAACUGCGCGAGUGCGCUCAACGCGCGCAGCGUAUCAAUGCGCUGAACAAAGCCUAUGCCGCGGAGGCAGUGCAGCCGCUUUGUGAGUUGGUUAUAGUGCUGCGUGAGCGUCAAGGCUUUGACUGCGUGGAGCAGCUGGCAGCAUUGGAGCAGCAGCUGGUGGAACAAAUGCCAUUCGAAGCACAGCUGCAGCGACUGGCCAAACAACCGUUACAUGUGCGCCUGCUGCUGCUGGAAUGCGCGCUAUUGAAUCGUCGCUACGAUGCGCUAGCGCUGCAUGAGCUGCUCACACAAGUCUGCCAGCCCGAACUGGAUAAUGAUUUAAGCUCAAGCGCCCCAGAGUCGCUAGCGUUGCUAACGCAUGCGCUGGCAUCGCUGCGACUGCAUAAUAUAGCGCUGGAAACGCGCAAAGGCGAAGCCAGCAUGCUGGAGCUGCUCUCGGCGCAGCUGCUGCGUUUGGCGCGUGAGCAGCGCGAGCAGCAUUUGCGUGAAGUGCUGCUGCUGCUAUGCACAGCGCUGCGUUUGAAUCCGCUGCUGCUCGAAGCGCAUGUAUAUCAGUUGACUGUUUGGCUGCUGACAGCGCAUAAGCGCACGCCCGAGGAGCUGCAGCUGUAUGCCGAGUAUUUGGUGCUGCUGCUCGACAUGUUUCGACGUCUAAGUCGUGCCGAGCGUUUUGUAAUGCAGCUGCUCAAGUGGCUGAAGGAGUGGCUAAGCAAAUAUGCGCUCAAUGAAAGCAGCAGCAAGCGGAGCAAAUUGGAGACAGAGCCGGAGCAAGAGCUGGACGAGAACUUUAUGUAUGUGCAACUAAUGUAUCAGGCGCAUGUGACGGCAACAACGACAACGGUUAAUCUAUUGGACUCGAGCAGCGAACGCUUGGCGCAGCAGUGGCCCAGUAGCAGCGCAGGCGCUGCCUUUACGCGUCUGAUAAGUCAACUAAUGUCGAAACCUUCGCUUGUUAUUUGGAAAAUGUUGCUUCACAAUUUAGCGGAUCUGCUGCAACCGGCGGCAACAGACGACGCUACGCCGCGCGUGCUGCCCGAGAAUCUGGACUUUGCGCUGGAAUUUCAGGCAGCGCUGCUCUGUCAAUACUUGCAGGGCACGCGUCUGGCGGAGCAGGUGGCACAGCAUGGCGAGCAGCUGCAACAGCAGCUUGGACAUACGGCGCAGGUGUUGCAACAAUUUGCGCAACAUUUGCUGGCGCGCGAGCAUAAUCGACGCACCAUAACAGCGCUGCUCGAGUGUGUGGAACGUGCCAGCGGCUUUGAGUUGAUGUUGAACUAUUAUUGGCCAGCGGGCUUGGCGCCGCCGACGGAGCAGCAGCAGCAUCGCUUUCUGCCGCAUGCCGAGUGGGAUUUGAUACAACAACGUGUGCAUAAUUUUGGCAAAAACGCUUGUCGUCUGCGAUUGCAGCGCCUCGAGUUGCAGCUGUUGCAAGCGGGCUGGUUGCUGCAACCAACUCAGACAGAAGCUCAGUCCAGCUGCACUGAAGCGCUGCUGGAACUGCUGCCCGGGCCGCAGCUUGGUCGUCUGACGCGCGAGGAGAAGCAGUUGCGACUGCAGCGUCUGCAACAGCGUGGCUUGCCGCAAGUGUUGCAAGCCGGCCUCGAUGGCGAGAGCGUUGAGCUGCUUACUUUGGAGCUACUGCAAGAAUUUGUAGCUGCUGCCGGCUCCAAGCACAUGUUGCUGGCCAAGCUGCUGAAGCAAUCGACGCAGCUGCCACCGCUGGACUUGGCCAAGUUAUUGUUGGCGAGCAGCGACAAAAAAUCUCCGCAGCUCACCACGGCAGCCACCGAUGAGCUGCUGGCAGCGCUGCAACAGCUGCCAUUGCUGCAGUUGGUCAAUGCGCUCAAGGCGCGACUCUGGCUGCUCCUGCUUGCCCUUCAAGUGGAUCUGCAGCGCGCGCAGCUGAAGCCGCAGGCACAACAGCUGCUGGAGUUGCUCAUAGACAUGCUACACUUUGGACAAGCGCUGCCGCUUUGCAGCUACUUGCCACAGCUGGACCAACUGCUGCAGCUUCUGCCCCUUGAGAUCAGCAGUGAGAAAGAGGAUGAGAAUGAGACGGAGACCAACACCACCUGGCGCUUCUAUGAAACCUUCUUUACGCGCUGCAUACGUCGCCUGGGCGCGAAUAGUGAAAACUUUCUCACCAGCUGUGUAAACUUUAUGCGUGCCGAGAUACAAGAGUCGCGCAGCCUGAGCUUGGAGCACUGUCGUCUGCUGCUGCUGGUAGUAGAGACGCUGGCAGCGGCGACAGGCGUGCAGGCCAGACGUAAUCAGCGGCAAUUGCAACCGUUUCUGGAGCUCUUCGGGCAGCUGGUGCUGCACAAGUUUCGCUCGCAGAAGAAGGCGCCCGAGGUGUACAAGGAGUUUGUGCAGCGCACGCUUAGCGGCUAUACGGUGUAUCUGAGCAACUGCAUCAAUCGCUGGAACAAGCAGCAGCAGGAAAAGGAAAAGGAGAAUGUUAAGCAGCAAGAGCAGGAGAAGAACACGGAGCAGCAGCUUAAGAAAAAGGAAAAGAAAAAGGAGCACGAGCUGAAGCCGGAGCCAGUGCAGCCUAUAGAUGAAAAUUGUAGACGCAUUUGCAAGAUCUACAUAGGACACUCGUUAAAUUAUCGCAACCCACAUGCCAUACGCCUGUUGAAUGUGGCGCUUACAUAUCGGCAGCUGCUGCAUCUGGAUCAGGAUGAAAUCGAGUUUGUGCUGAGCAGCUAUUGGCAGCAACUAAAUGCAGACAUUGCCUCCGAUACAGCGCUGGAUAUACAAAGCAUUGAGCCGGCCAUUAAACUGAUUAUAGGCUAUAAAACUAAUGAGGAUUUCUUGCUGCUGCUGCGACGUCUGUCCACGCAGCUGGCUGAGAUGGCGCGUCCUGAGACGCCGGCACAGCAUACAAGCUUACAAAAUGUUAUAACGCUGCUGACGCUCUUUGCUAAAUGCUCGCUGAGCAGCAUUAAAGGCGCUAUGCUCAAUGAGCAGUUUGAGCUUAUAAGCGGCAACGUUGGUCUGCGCCUGCCGCCCGUGCGUGAUGUCAACUAUCGCAGUCAUGUGCUGCGCCUGCUCGAGGCACAACGUGCGCUCGCCAGCAAUCGCACUGUGCCUUUGACUGGCGAAACCUUGGACUCGCUGCUGGCCAGCAUGCUGCAGCUGAACAUCAAGCGUUUCAUACUCGCCGGCAGCACUUGGACGGACUUUGUCGAGCUGCAUGGCAUGCUCUCGGAGAAUUGUUUAGUGCUGUUGCGUCAGCAGAGCUCGCUAAUGUUAGAUCGCGCAGCGCAGCUGUCAGCGCUCAUACAGGAUCUGGUGCAGGGCAUUGUCUGUUAUCGCAGCGAACGCAAUCAGGCGCAGUCUUUAAAUGAAACCGAGGUCGAUGGCUUGGCCGAGCUGGCGCUUAAGCUGGCCAGCUUAAUGGCUGGCAUUGCUGCGGGUCCACAGGCGCUGGCCUUGAAGCGUGUGGCGCCAUUCUUGCUGGUGUUCACUAUUAAGCAAAUGGUAGCCAGCGAGCGACCCACAACGCUCUACGAAAAGAUCAAGCUGCACAUGGAUCGCAUUUGCCAUGAGCUGAUUGGCAUCUGUGAUCAUCGCUCUGGUCAUUUCAUUCUACGCGCCAGCAGCGAAGCCGGCGCACGUCUCUAUCAGAGUUUGGUCAAGGAGCACGACAAAUAUCACAAGUUCAAAGGCAAAGUGUAAACAACAAUUAUCGUUUAGGCAUUAUUGUUGGCAUU